AUGAGUCCCAAAAAGGAAAUUAGAACUAUCUCUUCCAAAAAGCCUAGAAAGCCAAACAAUUCCAAGCCAAGAAAUCGACUCCCAAAACUGACAAAGAAUGAAUUGAGCAGUAUGAUGUGUAUCCAAGUAACAAAAGAGGGUCUUCGACUAAGAGAGCCGAAGAUUACCUUCCCUUUCCCAUUGUUGCUUACUAAAAAGAGUGAGGACACAGUAUCCGAACAACCGACAAAGGAUCCGAUAUCCCCGUCGAAGGUUAGUGAAAAUAAUUGUCAGGAACAAAUUGAGACGAACAAGAGUAAUGAAUCCUUCAAUUCCUCUGAUGCGAAAAAUUUGGCAAGCAUUGGUUACUGUCUCUAG